AUGAGAGGACUCAAAUUUCUGACAUAUUUGGAAAUUCCAGUUGAGAAGAGACAAACUUUGAGUUUCUUGAAGAAUCCCGAUUUGGUUCCUAUUCCAAAAGAGCAUCAGACUUGGGGGUUCUGGUCGAACUUCGCCUAUUGGGGUAUCAUCUCUUUCUCCGUGGGUACAUGGAUCAGUGCCUCAUCGGCUUUAACAGUUGGUCUAAGUUAUGCUGCUACGAUUGGUACUUUUAUCAUCGGUGAUGUGGUUACCAUAGCCUUUACCUUGGCUAACUGUUACCCUGGUUGGGAUUGGAAAGUCGGUUACACCUUGGCUCAGAGAUUCACAUUUGGUAUCUAUGGUUCAGCCUUUGGUGUUGUCAUUCGUGUGUUGAUGAGUAUUGUCAACUACGGCUCAAAUGCGUGGUUGGGUGGUCUAUGUAUUAACCUGAUUCUGAGCUCAUGGUCUCACCACUACUUACAUUUGGAAAAUACUUUGUCCCAUAAAGUUGCGAUGACUACCCAACAAUUGAUUGGUUUCGUCAUCUUUCACAUUGUAUGUGCGUUCUGUUAUAUCAUGAAACCUUAUCAAAUUAAUAAGCUUUUGAUUUUAUCAUGUACUGGUACUUGUUUCGCUAUGACCGGUAUGGUUAUCUACCUUUGUAAGGAAAACCAUGGUGUUGGUCAGCUUUUCACUUCUUCUAAGACCACUGCAACGGGUUCCGCUAGAGCAUGGGCUUGGGUCUACAUGAUCUCUUAUUGGUUCGGUUCUGUGUCUCCAGGGUCAGUUAACCAAAGUGAUUAUUCAAGAUUUGGUUCUUCUUUGACAGGUAUUUAUCUAGGUACGAUUGCUGGUCUAUUGAUCCCAACUACUUUGGUGCCAGUUUACGGUGCGAUUGGUGCAUCAACUUGUGAGGAAUUGUACGGUCAACAACUCUGGAUGCCUAUGGAUAUUAUUAACUAUUGGUUGAACAACGGUUAUUCUUCAGGUGCUCGUGCUGCAGCCUUCUUCUGUGGAUUGUUCUUCACUCUAUCUCAAAUCUCAUACACUAUCUCUAACGCUGGUUUUGCUAGUGGUAUGGACCUUGCAGGUUUGUUACCAAAAUACAUCAACAUCAGAAGAGGUGCUAUCUUCACUGCCAUGCUUUCUGUCGCUGUUCAGCCAUGGAAUUUCUACAACUCUUCUUCUACUUUCUUGACCGUUGUCAGUUCUUUCGGUGUGGUUAUGACACCUAUUAUUUCUGUAAUGAUCUGUGAUAACCUUGUGAUCAGAAAGAGAAACUACUCUGUUGUCCAAGCUUUCACUUUGAAAGGUGAAUACUAUUUCAACAAAGGUUUCAACUGGAGAGCAUUUGUCUCUUGGGUUGUUGGUAUGACUCCCGGUCUACCUGGUAUUGCUUGGCAAGUCAAUAAUAACUAUUUUCACAACAAAGGUAUUGUGAAUUUCUACUACGGUGACUCAUUCUUUGCCUUCGCCAUUUCUUUUUCUUUGUAUUGGAUUCUGUGUCUGAUCUUUCCAUUCAAGAUUGAGAUCCUACAUGAUGACAAGGACUAUUACGGUGCAUUUGACGACGAUACCGCUAUCAAGAAGGGUAUGGUGCCAUAUAGUGAACUUACCGAAGCUGAAAAGCAAGAAUACGUCAUCUCCAAAGCUUCAGAUGUUGCUAAGAAUACCGAGGGACAUGAAUCAGACAGCGAGAUCUCUAACGCAUACGUGGAAGAAAUUAUCGAAAAGAAGAGUACCAAUGACAAGUCAGAAAACUAA